AUGCUCCAUGCUCCAAAGCGCGGUAACCCAUGCGCUCUGCUCCGGGUAGGACGCACCAGGACACGGACUCGAGCUGAAGCAAGUGCCGCUGCAGGAGAAAAGAAACUGGUUGUGUUUGGAAGAGUCUGUGUGGAGGUGAGACAGGAUGAACGAAUCGCUACUCGCCAACGACUCCUUUGCAUCCCAGGGAACAGAAGCAUGGAGUUCUCCACCGCUCCCCUGGAUUUCCCCAUCAACCCCUGGGACAUCAUGCUGUGUAUGUCCGGCACAGUGAUCGCAUGUGAAAACGCCAUCGUCGUAGCCAUCAUCUUUUACACCCCCACUUUGAGGACACCCAUGUUUGUUCUCAUCGGGAGCCUGGCCACGGCCGAUCUGCUCGCCGGCACGGUUGUCCACGUGCGGUCCCAAGUGGGGGCCGCCGCCCCAGAAAAGAAAUCGUUUUGUCCAUUCAUUGUCCUCAUACACAACACUCACCACUGUGCACUGUCCUCACGGUGCCGUGAAAGGCGCACUCUGAUUCGCCCACGCACCAGCACUGCUGUGGGGCGUCUUCUGCGAGGCGUUCAGGUGCGCUCCGACUAA